UGGUCUGUUCCAAUGUCCCGUGAUAACCAAGAAGUAAAGUUUCCAGUCAGUGAAUCUUGUUGUGAGGAGACGUUCCCGAGUAUUUUUAUUAACCUUCUGUAUUUAAAAUGGAUGCACGUUGUGGCGGAACAUCCGAGGCGAAAGAUGCCGAUGAAGAGGUGCAGAAAAUAUGCGAUGAGGUAAAGUCUCAUGCAGAGGAUAAAGCUGGGCGAAAGUUUGACGUUUUCACCGCCAAAUCUUAUAAAACGCAAGUUGUUGCGGGGAGAAAUUACUUCAUCAAGGUGCAUGUAGGUGAGGAUGACUAUAUUCAUCUACGUGUCUUUAAACCCCUGCCCUGUGCUGGAGAAAAACUGGAGCUGCACGGCAUACAGACAUCCAAGGCUCAUCAUGAUGCCAUUGAAUACUUCUGAAGCAAACCUCCAGAAAGAUCAAAUCAUCAUGAAUAUUGGCCAAAAUCCCACUGUUACCAUUUUUACACUGUAAAUGUUUACUUUAACAUCUGA